GAGAAAGAAGGGUAGACAAGCAUACGACACAUCAUUCCUGCUGACCAAGACUGUUAGAAAAAGAUGGCAAGAAAAACAGAGACAAUGUCUUCUGAAAUAACCCAAGAGAAAAAUCAAACAGCCCCUCUAAAGCAAGCUGGAAACCUGCCCUGGUCCUUUACAGAAGUUGAGCGUUCUCCUCUGCUGGAGAAAUCAGCUACCUGCGGGGGACAGAUUUUGCCAUUUUAUACUCCAAUGUUUUAUUGUCUCAUCUCACAAACUCAUAAUACUGCAGAAAUUGCAAGGAUCUGUGAAGAAUGCAAAAAGGAAAGUUUCUGGUACAGCGCUCUUCCUUUGUCUCUUGGGAGCACCCAGGGGCUGAUCUCAAAAGGCAUUUUCUCAGCAAGUCCAAGGUUUGGAUCAUUACCUAAGAUGACAAUUGCCGACAUCUUAGGCUUUGCCAUUGGAAAGAUGUCAUAUAUAGGUGAAUGCCAAAAAAAGUUCCAGAAAAUUGGUAUUGCACCAUUUGUUCCACCACAGAAAAGGCAUUGUCAUCAUACUUGCAAAGAAUGUGAAGCAAAAUUGGGAUCAAAUGAGAAAGAAGGUCCAAUGCCUUUAGCAUCUUAGUCUCAGGUAGGCAUACUUGAAACUUAAAAGAAGUUCUUAUUUAUUUUUCAUGUUCAGUGGUAUUCUUUCUUGAAACUUUUGAAGAAUAUAGUGAAAAUCAUAGAUGUAGUUUAGUUAACAUCUGAGGAUUAUUUGACAAAAUAUUCUCUAUCUGUGGUUUGCUAAUUAAAUUUGUUUCUUCAUUUUUACCUUAUACACCUUUCAUGUUAAUUUUAAAUCCUCAAUUUCUGGGGAAUUUCUAAUUUAGCUGCAGCAGUCUCAUUAAGAGCACUGUUAAUUCAUCUGAUUGGGAUUCAUUUGGAUUGUUCGACUACUUGUAUGAAAACAAAUAUAAGUCCUUUCUACUUCAAACUUUUUCUCUUAAGAAUCAAAUAAUUAUGGAUGACGUUGAUAUUUUAAAAUACAUUGAAAUGUUGAGAUUCUAAAAGCAGAGACAGUUGGGAGUGGGUUAGUUUGUUUAUUCAUUUUUUGCUGUAGUAUUGUUUGGCUCCAGCCUUAGCGAAGGCAAUGUGAAAGGUAUGCUAUCCAGGGAAGACCUAGGGAUGAAAAAGGGAAGAACAACCACCUCUGGAGUGGGCAGAGACAAUCUAUGUGAUUUUUUCACCCUAAAAGGAGAAAGUUCCCCUCGAGAAAAAGGAGGAUUUACAGGAUGGAAGCAGGAUGUAUUUUUAAAACCACUUUCACUCUUUGCCUAUGAAAAACAAGCCAGCAGCUGGGCUUUUUAAAAGCAUUUUCACACAUUCUGCUUCUUGUAAGCUGGCCUGCAUUCUCCCUGGCAGGAAAAUGUGUAAAAGUGUUUGCAAAUAGCUUGGCUGUCUGCAACAGGGAGAGAGUGGAGGGUCAGUCUGAAAUCCUGCCAUGUGAGUUUAUUAUGGCUCUGACUGUGGCUCAAAACAGAAGUUGGAUGCAGAAAUGGUUGAACUGAGUCUCUUUGGCCUACAUUAUGUCGAAGCUAGACAAAGAUGCUGAAAAUUAUCCCUUUCUCACUCUGAACUGUAUCACUGUGGACUAUGUAUAAGGAGGAAUAUCCCAUCAGAACCUUUAACUUACCCAGAAGCAGAGUUUUGGAUGUGUUUUUAGUACACAACAAUGUGUUACUACACUAUGGAUUGUCCUGAAGGGGAGCCAUUACAACAAAUUACUGGAUUUAAUCAACUUUGCCACUGCUUGGGAGUUUUAUAUCAAGGCCUGCAAAAGCUCAGGCACUGGCAUAGAAUGUGUUUUGACUUAUGCUUACCUAAUAAAGAUUGCUGCCACAAUGGGCAGUGCUUCUAUUAUCCCAGCUGUAGAGAUCAUAUGGCAAUGCAGUCAACCAGAAUAGCUCACUGCUCUAGCUGGAAAUUAAUCCCAUAAUGAAAGGAAGAAAAAAUCAAAGCCCCAAACUUUUCUUAGGGAUAGCUUGCUAGUGGCGAGCACAAGGGAGGGAACAAGCCAGAACUGCCCCUUUCAGCAGUAUUCCACAGACAUAGAUCAACUGUGAAUGACACCCUAAAUUCAUUAGCAGUCUUGAGCUCAACUGAGCCCUUGCACUACUGGGCUAGUUAAGUGCCUUUGAAGAUUUUCCCUCAAAUAAAUGUUUGCUUACAUAGGCCAGCGUGUUCACUUGUUUCAAAUAAAGACCCCAACCUUAAAUCUCUUGAACCUUAAAUCCAAACACAGGAGACGUUUCCUUUUUCAGUCUUUCUGCUUUUCAGCCUUUUCCUGUGAGCUGAGAAUAUUUAGCUGGUAUAUAAGUACUAAUUAGCUUUAAAACUCCAAAUUGUCUCAAAUAUAAAGCAGUCUUGUAGCCACAAGGAGGGAAGAAUGGAGGAUGCCACAGCCCCCUCUGAUGGUUUUCCUCCUGUUUCUGUCUGGGACCUGCUGCAGCUCAGACGCUCAUCAAAGACCUUAAUUGCCACGCUUCUAUCAGCCACUUAGGUCUUGCUGUCUGCUUUUUUGAAAGGUCUGCAGAGCCCAUUCAGAAGCAUAGUCUGAAAACAAACUCAAGGUGAGUGGAUUUUUUUCAAGAAAAAGCCAUUAUAUUUGGGCCAAUGUGGUAUUUCAAAUUUAGCUGGAACCAGUUUUGAUGGACAGGUUUUUGAAAUUUAGGAAAAUAAAUACUGUAAGCAUGGGUUGUUUUCUGUAUUGCUAAACAAUGAAAGUAAUAACCUCAUAACCUCUUUAAUAGUUUAAUCAACAUUCUUUAUUUAGCAUUAUUCAUUAUAGCAUAGCAUGCUUCAUUCAUUCUUUAUGUAGCGUGCCGUGCUAUAAAAAUGCACAGAGACCCUACUGAGUGUCCUUCACUGCUACCAAGCUAAACAUGCAUUCCCAAACUCUGGCAUUGCCUAGGAGGACAGCCUGGUUAAAAUCUUACUCACGCUGAUGAGUCCAAGGGUAUUUUUUUUAUCCUCAGAGAUUUUUCAGAGUUCUUAGAGAAACCACUGGGAAGCUGCACAUUUUACAUGCAAAAUAAGAUGGCACUCACCUUAGUGAUUGUUAUGGAAAUUAGGCUUGUCGGCCAGCAUAACAGGGCCCGACCCUAGGUUCCUGCAGAAAAGUUCGGAGCCAAAUCAAAGCAAAUUAAAUAAUUAAAUUUUAAUGACACGCGUGCAGUAAUUACAGCUCAAGCUGGGUGCCUCCGAAGAGGGACCCCGAACAAAGAAAUCCCUGGGCAAUUAUACCUUCCAAUCUAAGCUCUCCACCCCUCACGUGGUAGUUCGGACCAAUAGUAAUAUUUAGGUCUGGGGUCUCCUGCUCCUUAUUGGGUCUCAUCACUGUCCCUAGGUAGGCUGUUUAUCUUUACUGUUGCGGUUUCUGUUGACAGAUGUGUCUUGAUUCCUCGGGUGCCACCCUUGUCUCUCAAGGCUCUGGCAAAGAGGUGUUCCAGCAAUUAGCACUGCCCCAGCAGUGACAAUAGGUGUUCUCUCCCAAGGUCCUGACGAAGGGGAUAUAAUCCAGACCCCAUGAUAGUCCAGACCCCCUAAUUAACACUGUUUCAGCAGUGAGAGGAGGCUUUGUUUCCCAGGGUCCUGGCGCCCAAGCAGGCCUUAUUUCAAAGCCUUGACAUCCUCCCUCCUGGAGCGCGAAGCACAGGAAUGCAAACUGCUUGCAAGUCCCUUAUCAUUCCAGCUUGAACCAGCUCUCAGGCCCUUUUCUUACUGAACUAGGUAAAAGUUCAUUAUUUUAUCUAAGUGCAGCCUAAGGCUUCAACAAAUUUAGCUACUCAUGCUAAGCAAGUUUUAUAUAAGUUGUGUUAUGCAGCUACCUCUAGACGGCUUCAGCUCAAUAUUCUUUAACAGUGAUUUAAAUAAUGGGUCCUUUUAGCCAAUUUACAGAUGUAGUGAAGAUGAUAAAAAUCCUAUGAACAAGCUGCUUCUUACAAGCUUUUAUUUUAUAGAGAAGAAAUCAAGUCUUUGGUUUGGUCUAAAUUGGCUCUUUCGGAAUAGUUGCAUAAUGUUCAUAGUAAAUACCAAUUUCUUGUAAUGUACUUUUUGUUUUUUUUCUUUCUCCUCUUUCUUCUCAGCAUGUUUUUUUCUCCUUUCACUGCAGUUUAGCUCUUAGGCUGAGAAAUUAAAUUUGUCUAUUGUACUUAGGUGCCAGUGAAACUCUGUGUAGCAAGCAAAAUGCCAUAAGCUGAAGCAUUUGUCUUCUGCAUCAAAGGAAAGAGUGGAAGGAUGUUUAAAUGUUUUUGCACAGUUCAGCAGCUAUCCAGUCCCUAAACUGAUCACUUGUUUGCAGUGUUUUGUAUCAAGCCAGAAGUUCAGAGGGUAUGCUCACACUGAAAUUACUGCACUGAACCAGCUUUUAAUAAGCCAAUUUUACAUAACCCCCCCUUUGCCAGGGAUAUUAGAAAAAAACAGCAAGAAAAUACCAUAUAUUUGAACAACUGAUGGUCCACGCACAAUCCAAGGCUAACAGAUCUAGAGGUUAAAUCAGAUGGCAUGCUCACCAUGUAUCUCAGGAAAUCAGCAGCAGACACUUCCCCUAGACACAGCGAUGGUGUUCACUUGGAAAUCAAGUGUACCACCGUUGAAAAGUUUGGGCUUCACUGUCAGUUGGUGAAAAGUCUCCUCUGUUUUUGUUAUCGUUGUUUGUUUUUAAACUAUGCCUACUGUUAUAGCCCACGUUUGGGUCUGUUUCUUUGGUCAUCUUUACCAUGCACAAAGAGACUGCCAGCAGGAUAUAUAUCACUUAAAAGUACAAAGCAAUUAUUAAUUGGUUACCACAGGGAAAACACAGCUGGGAUUUAACAUGCUAGCAGGCUGAGUGCUCACCAUCCUUAUAAGGCACCUGAAGACUCUUUUCUAGCCAGGGAGGCAGUAACCAGGAGGGGAAGGGUUAGACUGACCAGCCUCCCUGUUUCUGGCCUUUAGGACUUUAUACCUUUCCAUGUCAGUGCUUUCCCUCUUGAAUUCUUGAGCUAUUAACAACGCCUCUCUCAACAGGGAUUGUAAUUUUACCCUUCUUGUCUUUCUACAGACUUUCUUACAGCUCUUCCUCAGCAGUCUGAGUUAAGGGUAUGGAGCUGUACUGUAUACACAGGUGGUUAGAUAAGCCCAGAGUGGGGGAGCUUACAGUAGGGACUAGAGAGAGAAAGGGUUACACCACCACAGAGCAGUAAACGUCCUUUGGGAGUAAAACAUAAUUAUCAUAGGCGCACUGAAGCCAGCAAAACUUGUAUGGCGACAUAUCCUAGCUACUAUCCCUUCAUCUACUAUCUGCUAUGAAGGUAGCAGCCACAAACUGCACCAAUACCAAUCGCGCCUGGGUUAACCUGGGACAGGCCAUUAACACACACACGUGAUGUGAUGGAGAUUGCUGCAUGUGACAGAGGACUGUCCCUUCAUGUCAGACUCCACAAGGCUGUGUCCUGAGGUCAGUGUUACCUCCUGGAGGUGACUGAAGGGCUGAAGAUUACUUAGCUACUUAUUCUUGUUUCAAAUGUAACCUUGUUCAUGCUUCCUAUUAUUUUGCUGUAAUAAAUUCACUGCUAUA